GGGGGGGGGGGGGGGAGAGAUGCCGACGAAUUAGAAAGGUGACGCCGGCGGCGAAAGUGUCUAAUCCCGGCUGGAUCGCCUUUGUCUUUCUAUUGUAAUGCACAGCUCCUCUGGUGAAUGGUGGUCUGCUCAAGAAAUGGACGCAGAUCAAGCGACUACUGAACGCUCUCGGCGAAAAUACCAUUGGAGCUCGACUAUCGAAUCUUGCGGGCCAAGGCAAUGAAUGGGUCCUGCUGGCCGUGACCCAAGUGUACGGUGUAUGCCGGCGCCACUGGUACAUGUAGUUGGGUGUGCUCUUCUUUUUUCUCCCUCUGCUCUCACGCCGUCCAUUUCUGGUAACCUCGGUCUUGUUCACAAACCUUUUUGGUGGUCAUACGUCGUGACGCAACGUGACCUGGGGGAAUAAAAUCAGGCGAUAAUCAUGCAUAUCAGUGCGC